AUGGCAACUUUAAAAGAGAUCCUCACUCGCCGCCCGGUCGCCGCCACGAUCAGGCUGACGGUGCCAGCCGGUGCCGCAAGGCCGGCUCCUCCGGUGGGUCCAGCUCUGGGUCAGUACCGACUCAAUUUAAUGGCUUUCUGCAAGGAUUUCAAUGCCCGUACACAAAAGUACAAGCCAGACACGCCGAUGGCGGUGACGAUUACGGCGUUCAAAGACAACACCUUCGAGUUCACUGUUAAGUCUCCUUCAGUCACGUGGUACCUUAAAAAGGUGGCGGGGAUCGAGUCCGGUAGCGGCCGGCCUGGGCACGUGGUGGCCUCGACGUUGUCGCUUAAACAUAUUUAUGAGAUAGCAAAAGUUAAACAGUCGGACCCGUAUUGCCAGUAUAUGCCGUUGGAGAGUAUUUGUAAGUCCAUUAUUGGGACUGCCAACAGUAUGGGGAUUAAGGUUGUUAAGGAAUUGGAUUAAAUUACAUCAGUGUUUAGGGUUUUGUCUAAACAAAAAUUUUGAAAUGUUUGUACUUUUUUUAUUCGGUGGAUACGAAUUGUUUUUGUUUUCUUAA